AUGGCGCAGCCCGUGCUGCCGGCACCUCAGACUGCUCUACAGGACCCCGCAACAAGCUGGCAGGUCGUCCUAGUCGACCCGUCGAAGCGCAAGGUCGUUCUCUACUCUCCCCACCUUCGUCGACUCGCGGUCUCGGAAACGCCGCCUGGCUCGCCUCUAGCGACUCCGCCGAGACGUGGAAGGUUCGGCAGGAGCGGUGGGAGAAGCUGGGCGUCGGUCUCAACGGGCUCUAUCGGCAGCGACGGCGAGGAAAGGGCUGGACGAGCGGUUUCGCCCCUUCGCGAACCCGCUUCGCCCUCACUGUCGACAGUCAGCGACGCCACAGACGAUGUGAGGAUCACAGGACCUCCUCCGAGCCACUGCCCGCUAUGCUACCAACCGCUCCCUCCGCCCGCUCAGCGACGACGUCCCAGUCCCUCCUCUCACGAGACGACCAGAACUCGCCAUUUUCCCCUUCUUCCACCUCCUGCUUCGUCGACGAGCACAGACGACUCUCGUCAGGGAGAAGACGGGCUCGUCACGACGCAAUUGACGAAUGUGCGGGACGUCCGAGAAGUGGACUCGAAUUGGUGGGGCAUGCUGAGCGAGGCCAGCAGUCUUGUCGCAACGCCGAUGUCGACCGCCAGCCGAGCGUUACCGAGCGACGAUGAAGGCGAUUCGGCGAGCGGACAAAGCGGAGCCGAGCACCUCGAUCAGAGCCAGAUGAACGAGGGCUACUUCGCCCGCUUCUUCGAGGAGGUUCAGCUGCUCGGCAAGGGAGGUCAGGGGGCGGUCUACCUCGUCCGGCAUGUCCUGAACGGCGAAGCUCUCGGUCUUUACGCCUGCAAGAAGAUCUCCGUCGGCGACUCCCCAUCAUACCUCCUUUCGAUUCUGCGCGAAGUCCACCUGCUCGAGUCAGUUUCGCACCCCAACAUCGUCGCAUACCACCACGCCUGGCUCGAGACGUCUUCCGCCAUUCCCUCUCGCUUCGCACCGCAAGUCCCGACGCUGCACAUCCUCAUGAGCUAUGCGAACGGCGGCAGCUUGGCCGAGUUUAUCGAAGCGCGGCGAGGGAGUCGUGAUGAGUCGGCGAGGGGAAGUGUCGGCGAGCGAGCCCGGCACAGGCGACAGGAGGAGAAGGAGCGCGCGGUACACCUGCUCAGACUCGAAGACAUUGUCACGCUGUUCGAGGAUAUCGUGCGCGGCUUGGCGUUCUUGCACAGCAAGAACAUCCUCCAUCUCGACCUGAAGGCCGAGAACGUCCUGCUCAACUGGGACGAGGACGCCUUGUUGCCGACUUGCCAGCUCAGCGACUUUGGCUCAGCCACGAACGACAGCUACCACCGCGAGCGUCAUGGCGGCUCCGGAACUCUCGCCUAUACCCCGCCCGAAGCCUUCACUCCCUCGCCAACGACCGGCGCUCUCCCCUCACCCGACCGAGGAAGCGACAUGUGGGCUCUCGGCCUGAUUUUGCAUUUGCUCUGCUUCUUCUCGUUGCCGUUCGGCGAGGCGAGGGAGGAAGGCGAUACGAGGAAACUUGAGGAGGAAGUAAGGUCUUACAAGGGCUUCAACCCCUCCGACCCUCUCCCCCUCUCCGCCUCAGCCCGUCACGAUCUCCCAACCUCACUUCUCCACCUCCUCUCGCAGUUAGUCAACCUCGACUCCACCCGUCGCCCGUCAUGCGAGAAAGUCCAGCUCGCCCUCACGCGCAUUCGGCGAGACUUGCAACUUCAACGGUUACGCGGCGAGCACGAGGAGGCGGUCGGGACGGCUGUGGCGAAGUGGCUGCCCGGUACGAGCAAGGCCGGGAAUCUCCUGCCGCGUGCUUUCAUUGAUGCGCGACGGAGGAGGCUGAGUGAGGCUUCGUCAGGUGUGAGGUGGGAGGAGGUGGAAGUUGAGGUGGAGUCUGAGGCCGGUUCGGACGAGUGGAACGCUCCGCCUAGUCGCGCAGUACGUUCUGCUCCCUCCCUUUUCGUGUUGAGCGAGGUGGAGCUGACAGUGUCAACUCGAAAGUCAUCCGCCUUGCUCCGUCGCGCCUCUUCGCCCGCCCUCUUCCGCCGCCGCAGCCCGUCGCCGCUACCUUCCCCGCCAACACCCCGACCUCGCCUCUCACCGCCACUACCCUUGCCGGCACCGCCAUCCGCGACUCUGCCGGCAGGCCCAUCAUCGUCGCCGCUUUCUGCGAUUCUUGAUUUCGGGCGGAAAGGAACGGGAGUCGUACGAGUAGGUUUGAGGGAAGGAAGUGGGAGUGGUAUGCUACAGGGGACAGUGCUGGCAAGUCUUGCGGCAGCGGUCAAGCUCAUCCACCUCCGCCGCCUCUCUCCCGCCAUCUCCACCUUCCCUGCACCCGACAUGUCGCUCGACAUAUCGCCCGCCAUCCCGCUCUGGCUCGUCUCAGCCCUCGUCCUCGAAACGCUUAUCGACGUCUCGCUCGCCUCGCCUGUCGUCACCGCCGGCCUUCUCGUCGUACAUAUGGCGGUUCUGCGGCUAGUGGCGCGAUUGGGGUGA